UAGAAUUUAGUCUUUACUAACAGACAGUGGUCAACUUGUUUACAGUCCGAACCAGAACAGGGCAGGUCCUCUAAAUCUUCCCACUGCCUCUAAAAAACACAAUAAAAAUAUGAGUGGACAUGAUAAGGUCAGUGAGCGUGGUUAGAAGCCAUGGUUUUAAAGUUACAACCUCAUUACCCUCAGAUUGAGGCUAUAUAACCUUAAACCCACAAACAGAAGGUUAGGGGGGGAUGAAAUGUUCUUGUUUUCUCGUGCGCACUGAAGCGUGUUUUUCAAGGUAAAUAUUCUUUUCCCAACAUGAAAUAGGUCUUUGUUGUUUGCCGAGAGGUAAAGAGGCGGAAAAGUGAGGAGGAUCUGAACUGGUUUCCAUGUCAAACACUUCAAUUCACCAUAGAAACUCAGAUCUUAACGCGGAAACUUUAUUAAACUGCGAUGGUGGAUUGAUAAGGGCCGAAUUUCUAUCGGCCUCUUUUUAUUGUGGGCACCAGGCGGACUGACAGAGGUAAAUUGCUCUUUUAAUUAAAGCAAUGCACCAGGGGAAAUUGCUGUCUGAAUAUUGUCUCAGAGAUGGGGGCCAGUGACAGUUGCCUGGAAACUUCAAUCUGUCCACCCGCAUUUAUUCCAGAUCACAGUUAUGAGAUAAAGUUUAAUAAAAAUCUUUUCCUCCGCCACCAACGAAAUGAAAUCCAACCCUUUCUGAACAACUGAACACAAUGAGACAGGACUGCGGAGGAAACCUCAUGUUCAACAUGUAUCUCUCAGGUUCGUCAUUUUGUCGGGGAAAGAAUUAUAGAAAUAAGCUGUUAUAAUUCUUUAAAUUCUGCUCUGGGUGUCGGUGUCUUGGUGCGGUGAUGCUCCGCUUCCAGGGCACAGCAUUGUUCAGCCUUUUCAAUCUGAAAGCCCGUCUGCUCUUUUGUCGGAAAUCGGAAAUCCUUUUUCCUGGACGCGUUUCCUGGCUUCUCGGAGAGAGGAGACCGCAAAGACGACAUGCUUCUUCCAUUAGACUGCGACUGGACGAGGACACAAUUAGGAUUUUAAUCCAUUUUUAACUUUUGUAGACAUUUGGCAAAAUUUUACAUUUUAUUUUAGCUUGAAUCUUUUACACCGGUCUGCUCAAUUUUCCAGCAUCUUGAAACAGUUUUAUAGCAGCUUCCCUCUACUGAAAUACCUGUUUCCUCUGAAAACAGAUACAAAGAAAUCAAUUUAUAAAGCUUAUAUUAUCUUCGUCCUUCUUUUUAGGAGAUAUGGACAGUAAUUUCUAGAACAUUAUGCACAUAAGGGAACUUGUUUUCUUAACCCAGCAAAGUCAGAUUAGACUAUAAGAGCAUCCUAAAUGGCUUCCUAAAAAAGAGCUUUUAUAGGCGACAUACAGAACAGGAUGGAUAAGCAGCUGCUGAUACUGACAGUGUGUCUGUUUUGAUUUCAGAUCCAACAGAAAAUCUGUUGAAAGAAGGCAAAGGAACAACCUGGGGUCCAAUAAACACAGGAGUACAAAAAGGCAGUGGGCAGAUUCAGCUGUGGCAGUUCCUGCUGGAGCUACUCUCUGACAGCACCAACAUGUCGUGCAUCGCCUGGGAGGGCACCAACGGCGAGUUCAAGCUCAUCGACCCGGACGAGGUGGCUCGGCGCUGGGGGGAGCGCAAAAGCAAACCCAACAUGAACUAUGAUAAGCUGAGCCGGGCGCUGCGCUACUAUUACGACAAAAACAUCAUGACCAAAGUCCACGGCAAGCGGUAUGCCUACAAGUUUGAUUUCCACGGCUUGGCGCAGGUGUGCCAGCCGUCCACCACGGAGCAGGCCAUCUACAAAUUCCAGGGUAACUUCUCACCUAUUCCCUUCUCCGGGAUUUCCAAACUGAACCUCGUGGCUCCCGGUGUGGGCCCGUCGGGUUUCUCCUACUGGCCCGGUUCCCCUCCGGCGGCUCUGUAUCACAGCCACAACCUCCAGCCUCCAGGGCCCUUUGGCACAGUGUCUCCAUCCCACAUCAGCUGUGUCAACAACAUCAACAGCCUGAGUAACAUCAAUAGCCAUUACAACUGACUCUUAAUGCAUCUUUUAGACAAACUGGAAACAUAUAAGACACCGCAGGUAACGCAGCAACGAACCACGAGAGAUUAAGAGCACUGAAAGAUCGGUUUUGGUAACGUGUAGGUGAAAAUACUGGCCUAAUUUGGUAAAAUAAAAAAAUAAAAAAAAUUUAGACAUAAGCACAUAACGAUUGUUUCAACAGCAUAGGCCAUAUUUAAAAGCAUGUAUUCAUGUAGAUGCUGCUGAGACGACGUUUGUAUGUAAGCAAAACGUCUAAAAAUGUGUACCUAAACAAACCAAAAGUAAUUUAGCCCCCGUUAACCCUUAAACCAAGACACCUUUCACAAGCAAAUGUUUAAAUCCAUCAAGAGCCGCCUAUCAAAUUACGCACUAUGGGUUCGACUUUUACGCGCGGUAUUUGAAUGAUAAGAUUAGUUAGUUAUUUUAACCCAUAAUCACCCAUAAUAUGAAAUUUCCUCAUUUCAGCCACAAUCUGUGAAAUUAAAUCGGAAAUCAACAAAAGUUUUCGUGUGGGAGCCCGGUUUUUGAGAUGAACAAUGUAUAGAACAUUAUUUAAAACAAGAUAAUGAAAUACAGAUUGUGUCUGUUUUAUACCUAUCAGUUCUCAUCCCUUUCUGUUCCUUUGCUGUCUCUCAUCAUCCUUUCUUGACUUCUGUGUACUUUUUACAUAUAAGUGGGUGUAUUUGCUCCAGCGUGGGAGCAAAUCACCAGUUAUUAUUGGACUACUGGCGCCACCUCGUGGUUUGGGCAUGGCCUGUAGAUUUUUUUAUUUUUUACUGAAUAUGACAACUUGACACAGUCGCCUGAAAUAUAUCGUCACUUUAAUCACUGAUCAGAAAUCAGAUUACGCAUGAACAUGCUCUCCUAAGAAUAUCAAACGUAACCCACUUGCAAUAAUAAUAAAACCAGUACAGAGGUACGGGGUUGUGAUUUGUGUAACGUGGAUAGUAACCGAAACUGUGAAUUCAUGAACUACUCUGUAAAUACUGUAUUGUAGAGACACCCGCUGGCUAUCGCUGCUUUGUAGUGAUUUUGGAGUGGAUAACAUUGCAUUCAUUCACACAGCUUCAUAUUGUAGCUAUGACAAUUGUACCAACGAAGUAAAUAAAAACAUACUGUUAGGAAUACAUCUUUCUGUCAGUAUGCAUUUAAACUAUGUGCUGAUAA